AUGAUCACCGAGACCGCGGCGGAGCCCACGAAAGACGCCCCGAUCCGGACGCUGGUGCAGCGCAUCCACCAGCUGCAGGCUGAGCGCGCGCAGGGCUUCCGCCGACUGGAGGAAGGCCACCGCCAGUACUUGCGCAGCGGUCCGGACUACGACUUCGCGCGCUACCGGAGCACAGUGCACGAGGUGACUCAGGCCUUCGCCGCCGCCUCGCGGGAGGUGCUGGCGGUGGAAGCAGAGCUGGCCGGGCCUCGCAGUCAGCCUCUGCUCGCCAGCCACGUGCGCAGCCUGCAGGAGCUGGAGCAGACGCGGCUGGGCACGGUGGCCCUGCUGCAGCUGAUGGAGACGCCAGAGCUGGCGGGGCAGGAGGACGCUGUACAGAUGCACCAGCUGAAAAUGAAGGUAAUUAAAACCAUGGAGGCGAUCAGCGAGGUUCUCCAGGACCUCAGGUUUGAUGCGGAAUCUGCCGAGUGAUGGCGGCUCCCCAGGGAUGCGCCGAGGGAGAUGGGAAAAGGGGCGGAUGGCGUCCAGCCCAGCCCUAACCGCCAGCUGGCUGGGGUCGCGCCCCACUGCGCUGCUGACCUUCGUGCAGUUCGAGACACCUCCCACAAUAAAAAGCCCUUCCUCUGUA